AUGUCAGACAAGGCGCUCAGGGCAAAGUUGAGGAAGAUCGAGGAAAGAGAGAGGAGCCGGCAGCUCCACCUUGCCCUCGAUCCCCUCGUCCCGUGCACAGAGCGACCUGACGCCCCCCAGGGUGGGAGGAAACGAAUCCUUCCCUCCGACCGAUCCAUCCCUGACCUGUACCAAGACACCAUCGUGCACGUCAAAAGGAUUCUUGCAAGACAGCAGAGCCUGGAAGCGCGCAAGUGCAGCUCUGCCAGCGCGUUGCAGCCAAGGCCGGAUGAGGCAGGGGAGGGCCCCGAAGGCCUGUUGACUCCGGAUAUCCUGAGGCAGGGCCUCCUGUCCUGCAGACUGCGGGGGUUCGUGCAAGUCAGGCUGCCGGACUACGUUGUAGUCUGCAUGAGCUAUCAGAUGCUGCAGUACUUCGAGCACUGUCCCUUCAAGGGACCUGUUGGGCAGCCUCUCUUUCACUUCAUCCAUCCUUGCGACGCUCCUUACAUCGCAGCAUGCGCGGAGGAACGUGGAGAGCAGCGGCAUACGAGUGCGGACAAGGGAGUGGAGGAAGAAAAUGUGAUGGAAAAGGAUAUUGCGCAUGCUUGUGUGCGAAUGUUUACCUUCGGCAGCUCGGGCAUCCGAUGCCUCCCGUUUGCUGUCUCGUUCGAUCGUUCCUGCUACCAGAACUGCUCCUCGUGCGUGCUGGAGUUCGAGCCGCUGGAGGAGGGGAGGGGGGACUGCGUGGUGGGCGGCAACAGACCAUUCCAGGAGUUCGGGGGCGUCUUUGCCUUUGACGAGCUGAGAUCGCAUGAUGGCGGCCGUCACGGGGCUCGAGCGGCGUGUGUUGAAGUCGAGGACGCGGUCUAUGGGGCAGGAGGGGAGAUGAAGAGCCUGGAGGCGCUGGACCUGGCCCGGCAGCUGUCCAGCUGCUUCGGGGUGAACGAGAAGAAGCUCCUGGUGCGCAUGCUGCAGUUGACGCUCUCGAUCGUGCGGGGGGAGAAGUUCCCCAAGUGGAACUUCCUGCGGUUUCGCCUCAGUCUCCCUUGCAUCCUCGGACAACUCAAGACGGAUUGGCAGCGGGGCCGACACAGCGAGCAAGUGGAGAUGAACGGGAGGGACUCUUCAUCACCUUCCUCCUCGUGCUCGUCAAAAGUCAUCUUCCUCGUGCACGAGAGCGAUGGAUCUGCGAGCCUCUGCUUCUCGGAGUUCACCCUGGAUGAGAGGAGGGAGCAAGGCAGUCUGCACGGCAGCAGGUUGUACAGGGUGAGCAAGGAGGAGCUCUACUGCUGUGGGAUAGACCAACGGCGGAGGAGCUCCCAGCGGCUACCCGUGUACGAGCACUGGUGGAACGUAAUGGAGGGCGAGACGUAA